AUGGACCCGGCCACGACGCGGCUCACGGUGCUCAUCUCGGGCAACGGGUCCAACCUGCAGGCGCUGCUCGACAGCAUCGCGGGCGCCCAGCUGGCGGGCGCGGCGACGGUGGUGCGGGUGAUCUCGAACCGCAAGGAGGCGUUCGGGCUGGAGCGGGCGCGGCGGGCGGGCAUCGACACGCACUACCACAAUCUACUCAAGUACAAGCAGGCGCAGCCGGCGACGGACGAGGGCGUGCGGCGGGCGCGCGCGCUGUACGACGCGGAGCUGGCGCGGCUGGUGCUGGCCGACGCGCCGGGGCUGGUCGUGUGCCUGGGCUUUCUACAUAUCCUGUCCCGGACGUUUCUGGACCCGCUGGAGCGCGCGGGCGUGGAUAUCAUCAAUCUGCAUCCGGCACUGCCGGGCCAGUUCAAUGGAGCGCAUGCAAUCGAACGCGCGCAGGCGGCGUGGCUGGAGGGCAAGAUUGACAAGACGGGCGUGAUGAUACACAAGGUCAUUGCGGAGGUGGAUAUGGGCCGGCCUAUACUGGUGCGGGAAAUCCCGUUUAUCAAAGGGGUGGAUGAGGACCUCGCGGCGCUCGAGAAGAGAAUCCACGAGGUGGAAUGGGAGGUGGUGCCCGAGGGCGUGCGGCUGGCGAUCGCAGAGCGACGACAAAGAGCGACGCCCACGGCUGCCGCCUCGUCGUAA